UUCACGGAUAACCCUCCCAACCUGCUUCUUUUCCCUGACAGCAGCCAUCGCCCCCAAGAGGAAGAGCCUUAGGCGUCCCAGAAGACCUCGCGGACUGUGCAGCGGUUGGCAGAGGGGACCUGUUUGCUGGCCCGUUUGGAGAACUAGGUGGCCCCGAGGAAUAAGGCGAAGUGUAAAUACAAACAACCUCAUAAAGAAGCCAAGAAAAGCGAAGCCCAAAGAAGCAUGAGCAAGACUGUUACAAAACUGUCUGGUUUUGUAACAAUUUCCCCGCUGCCGGCCAAUGAGCAGCGUGGCGGCACGUCACGUGGUACCGUUUUAUAUAACACUUUGCUGAGACAAGACAGUUAUUAGGCGGCGCGGGGCGGCCGGCAUGGAGCUCCCGGAGGCGCGGCAGGGCCCAGAGUUCGGUAGCACGGCGGCGGUGGCCGCCCUGAUUUCCUCCAGCCGCCACUUCUUGCUUCGUGUUCCCGGUCCCUAGACGCCUUCCCCCCCACAACCGUGUCCCUCUCCCUAUGGAGUCAGUACGGACUGAACAGAUGCUGAGCUUGCCCGCCGAGGUCAGCAGCAACAACUUAGAUCCAGUGGAGCCGGCGGAGCGAGGGGCAUCAGCGGCCCAGGUAGACACGGGUCCCCACCCAGAGGCGGCUGUAGAGGGUCCCGUACCUCUACCGACGCGGGAGCGAGAGCAAGAGCAGUCUCCGGGGACCUCAACGCCGGAGAGCAAAGUCCUGCUCACGCAGGCAGAUGCCUUGGCGUCCCGGGGGCGCCUCCGGGAAGCCCUCGAGGUGUAUAGACAGCUCUCCGAGCGACAGCAGCUGGUGGCUGAGCAGCUGGAGCAGCUUGUGCGCUGCCUGGCGGAGAAAGUCCCACAAGGCGAGGCGCUCACGCCGGCGCCCCCGGAUGAGGGUAGCGCUACAAGCGGCGCCGUGGCGGCGGAAGAGACAGGAGCCGCGGCGGCCACCGAGGUGUGGGACGGCUUUAAGUGCCGGAAAUGUCAUGGGUUUCUGUCAGACCCCGUGUCCUUGUCGUGUGGCCACACCUUUUGUAAACUGUGUCUGGAACGUGGGCGGGCCGCCGACCGGCGCUGUGCGCUGUGCGGGGUCAAACUCUCCGCGUUGAUGGUGGCUACUGGGCGGGCGCGUGGAGCCCGGCGGGCUGGGCAGCAGCCGCCGCCGCCGCUGCGAGUCAACGUGGUGCUCAGAGGCCUUCUCGGCAAGUUGUUCCCUGGCCCGGCGCGGGCGUCGCAACUCCGGCACGAGGGCAACCGGCUGUACCGCGAGCGCCAGGUGGAGGCGGCGCUGCUCAAGUACAACGAGGCAGUUAAGUUGGCUCCAAAUGACCACUUGCUUUAUAGCAAUCGGUCUCAGAUUUAUUUCACCUUGGAGUCUCAUGAGAAUGCGCUGCAUGAUGCAGAAAUAGCAUGUAAGCUCCGCCCGAUGGGUUUUAAGGCACAUUUCAGAAAAGCCCAAGCCUUAGCCACCCUAGGCAAGGUGGAGGAGGCACUAAGGGAGUUUCUCUACUGUGUAUCCCUUGAUGGAAACAACAAGAGAGCAAGAUCUGAAGCCCAAAGACUUCUCCUUAGUUUCUUUUCACCAACUGUCCCGGGGGACUCUCAGGAACAUUCUCCCAAUAUCCUGAAGCUGUUGGCACCUCACCCUAGAUUAAAGGAAGAUGUAGAGUCAAUGACUACUGAAGUUACCAGCCAUAAUCUGCCAAGGUUGUUACAGGACAAUCUGGAGCUCCCACACUGUUCUAGUCAGGAGGAAGCAGCAGCCAGGGGAGAUGGCAGCAGUCAGAGGAACCCAGCUAAGGUGAAGGGGGAUGGUCAGCAGCACCCCAUGAAAGACCAAGAAGCAAAGGAGGGGAAGCAGGAUGCUGCCUCUCCAGAAGCUGCUUCCAGCACGACUGGAAAAUGCCAGGGAAAGAAAAGGAAAUACUACCAACUUGAUGCCCAACAUGACACAGGGAUGUCUAAUAAAGGCUUCAAGCAAGAUCCUCCCACUGAUCAGGAGGCCACACCUGCUCUCAGUUUACCACUUGCAUCCUUCGACGCAUCUGACCUUGAAUGUGCUCUAUGUAUGAGAUUAUUCUAUGAGCCAGUCACAACACCUUGCGGGCAUACUUUUUGCUUAAAAUGCCUGGAAAGAUGCCUAGAUCACAACGCAAAGUGUCCACUGUGUAAAGACGGUCUUUCACAGUGCUUGGCAUCAAGAAAAUACAGCAAAAAUGUAAUAAUGGAGGAGCUAAUAGCUAAAUUCCUUCCAGAAGAACUGAAGGAACGAAGGAAGCUUUAUGAAGAGGAAAUGGAAGAACUUUCUAACCUUAAUAAGAAUGUGCCUAUUUUCGUGUGUACUCUGGCCUAUCCCACCGUUCCUUGUCCCCUGCACAUCUUUGAGCCUUGUUACCGCCUGAUGAUUCGUAGAUGCAUUGAGACAGGCACGAGACAGUUUGGCAUGUGCCUUGGAGAUCCUGUCAGAGGAUUUGCAGAAUAUGGCUGCAUCCUAGAGAUCAGAAAUGUUCAAUUCUUUGCCGAUGGCCGCUCAGUGGUUGACAGCAUAGGGAAGAGGCGCUUCAGGGUGCUCCAUCAGAGCCAGCGGGAUGGCUACAACACAGCCGACAUUGAAUACAUUGAAGACCAAAAGGUUCAGGGAGAGGCUUGUGCUGAGCUCAUGGGAUUACAUAACUCUGUCUAUGAGCAAGCGUCAUCGUGGUUUCAUUCGCUCAAAUCAUCCCUAAAGAAUCGGAUACUCAAUCACUUUGGUCCCAUGCCGGAGAAAGAUGCUGAUCCCCAGAUGAACCCGAAUGGCCCAGCCUGGUGCUGGUGGACAUUAGCAGUUCUACCUUUGGAAAGCCGAGCUCAGCUCCCCUUUCUAGCAAUGACAUCCUUAAAGGACAGACUGAAUGGUAUUCGACGAGUCCUGGCCUUCAUGUCCCGAAACCAAAACUAGUGAGUGGAUUACCGAAGAGGAGCUCCCACCUUCCCCACAGCCACUCGGGGGAGUCUUCUUGUAAAUAUAUCUAAUUGCAAUAAUAACAGAAGAGGGUGUCAAACAGAGGCAUCAGCCUGCUGUUGAUCACAUAGAAAAAUUUGAGUAGAAAGACCAAAAGAAUGUGACCUAUUUGAAACUUUCUGUCUUAAGAUGCUUCUUGACAUGCUGCAUAAUUGCAUAAACAGCAGAGGUAUUUAAGAGCCCAGAAAAACGUAAUUUGAUUUGAACAUUAAAAUUUCCAAAAGUUUAAAGGGGUUUUGCUUUAGUAUUCCUUUCCUAGAUCAAUGACUGCGUGGUUGAAAUGUGAAAACAAAGAUACUAAUAAUGUUGCUGUAUAAUUUCACUGACUUGAGGUCUCAUUCCAAGUGGUUCAGGUUUGUAGAGCAUUGUGUAAAAUAAUUUUCAUACUUCUUUCUGUUUUAAUAAUUUAUUUUUUGCACUACUGUAUUCUUUUUUUCUACAUGUGUGUUUGUAACUAUUUAAAAGUCCAUUGCUUUAUUUAUUGAUGUGGUUUACCAUGUACCUAGGGGGAAAUAACAAUACUAGAAGUGUGCAGUUUUUGCUUUAAUCUUUUUUUUAACUACAUUGACACUAGUUCUUAGACCAUUUCAAUAUCUAUCCAAGUGGAUGCUUAAAAGAAAUUCAGAAUGAUGCUAAGAUCAUCUGUCUUCAGAGUCCACUUUUUUUUCAGUUUGAACUAAACAGUAUAAAAUACUUAAGGGAUUUGCCCUAGAUUAUGGUAUAUGCGAAGGUAAAGUAAAAUAUUUCAUUUUCUGUGUGUAAUACAGAACAAAGCUGAAAGAAUUAUUUUUAUUAUAGCCAUUUGUUCCAGCAGUCUAAUUGUAAGUGUUUCUAAUUUCUCCCCAGUGCACUUAGGAAUGGGAUUUUAGGCAGGAUUAUAAUUAACUCUUCAAAGGAAAUGGUGUUCAGUGUGGCACAUCACAGCCAUGCCCAACUAGCCUUCAUACCACACCUCUCAUCAGGGUUCUAGGAUCAAGACCUGGGCAGAAACACUUGAUGAAGGAUUUUUUCUUAUUAAAAAUGUAAAUAAGCCAGAUAGAGUAGAACCCUUUAAUAAUCUUUUUAAAGAAACCAGAUGGCUGGGCAUGGUGGCUCACAUCUGUAAUCCCAGCACUUUGGGAGGCUGAGGCGGGUGGAUCACUUGAGGUCAGGAGUUCGAGACCAGCCUGACCAACAUGGUGAAACCCCAUCUCUACUAAAAAUACAAAAUUAGCCAGGUGUGGUGGCGUGCACCUGUAAUCCCAGCAACUCUGGAGGCUGAGGCAGGAGAGUCGCUUGAACCCGGGAGAUGGAGGUUGCAGUGAGCCAAGAUUGCACCAUUGCACUCCAGCCUGGACAACAAUUAUUUUAUCUAAGUACUGUCUUGCUCCUUAGUUGCAUGGGUGAAAUAUUUCAGUAUAGCAGGAGAAUACAGUGUAGGGAGUAAGAGUAAGUCCUUAUUUAGCUUGCUUAGUGCUAGUUUGAGUCCUUCAGUGGCAGGACAGCCUGCAAGGUACCACGAGUACAGAAGUAUUAUAUUGGCAGAGUGAAACAAUUAGAGCAGGGAGGAAAUGAAUUGUACUAUUUGUACCUUCAUGCAAAUUAUACCAUGUGAUUUUGGACAGUGAAUGAUUUUUGCAUCAUUCACUCACAACCCAUUGCUCUGUUAAGGUGAGAGGGUAAUGCUUGCUUCUCUCAUCACCAACUGUAGCUAGAAACAGGAAAGGGAGAAUGACAUGAUCCAGACAACAUAGAAAAGAUUCAUGUAAGCAGAAACAAGAUGAUCUUUUCUGCACUCACUUAACAGACAUUAUAUUGCCAGAGCAUUGUGUUUAUUAGAUUUGAUGUUUGGAGCUAGUCUGGGCAGGUGAACAAUGGAAAUAGAUGGACAUAUCGGCAUGAUUUCUGCCCAAGCAAACUCUACAAGGCUCAAGGAACAGAAAAGACUCCCCCUUCCACCUGGUUCCCAGACCAGGUGGUCAUAACACAAUCCUAAUAGAGUAGUUUCUUGCUAUCUAGUGUAAAUGCAACAAAGAAAAGGGCUGAAUGCUUCUUUACUUGUUAGAUAUGUUACUUCUGGAAAUUGAUUUAACUUUCGUCAAGCCCCAGUUUUCUAAUCUAUGAAAUGAUAGUGACAGUUCUGCAUAUAGGGUUGUGACAAAAAUUAAAUGAGAGAAUGUAUAAAUCAGUUAGCACAGUGUCUCACACCUAGAAUUCAUUCAAGAAAUAAUAGCUACUAUUAGAUUAGUCGUAGUUAUCGAAUAUCAUCAAGAGCCUACAUUUGUGUAAAACACUGCCUUUACACACAGUAUCCACUUGAAACCCCUUUAAACUUAGUUGGAGGGAUCCAUGCCACUGAUUUUUUGACCCAUAAUUUGAUGAUUUACAGAUAAUUAUUUUGGGAGUUAAAUCUGUUUGUGAACAUGAAGUAACUGGAGAACAAAUGAAGGUUAGAGAUAGGCAUCAUUCCUAUACCAGAAAAGUUUCUCCCACUUCUCAAUAAGGGCUAAAAAGCUUGUAGGUCUAGGAUUUCCUUCCUUCCUUCCUUCCUUCCUUCCUUCCUUCCUUCCUUCCUUCCUUCCUUCCUUCCUUCCUUCUUUCCCUCCCUCCCUCCCUCCCUCCCUCCCUCCCUCUCUCCCUCCUUCCUUCCCUCCUUCCUUUUGUUCUUUCUUUUCUUUUCUUUCUCUUAUGCUGUCACCCAGGCUGGAAUGCAGUGGCUCAAUCUCAGCUCACUGCAACCUUCGCCUCCCAGGUUCAAGUGAUUCUCCUGCCUCGGCCUCCCAAGUAGCUGGGAUUACAGGCAUGCACCGCCAUACCUGGCUAAUUUUUCUAGUUUUAAUAGAGAUGGGAUUUCACCAUGUUGCCCAGGCUGGUCUCGAACUCCUGACCUCAGAUGAUCCACCCACCUGGGCUUCCCGAAGCGCUGGGAUUAUAGGCGUGGGCAUGAGCCACCACGCCCAGCCUAGGAUUUCUGAUAGAAUGGAAGCCUUAAGUUCUAGCUCCAUUAGAAUAACCAGCUUAUCACUCCUGUUCCCCAAAAUGUAUUGAAAACCUUACCCGUGCCAGAUGAUUAGAGUUUACAAUUUGUGACUUCUGUGCUUAGUUGAUGGUAUUUCUUUAUGUAGCCCAAAGUAACAGAUUCAACAAAAAUGUACUGAGAUCCCCAUAUACCAGGUACUGAGCCAGGUGAUCUCACAUACCUGAGCUCAUUAAAUCAUUCUCCUGUCAAUCCCGUGAGAGCAGUUAUUAUCCUCAUAUUAUGGAUGAGAAAACUGAGCCUCCACUAUGUUAAAUACUUUGUCUAGUUGCAAGGCAGGAUGCAAGGCUAAGCUUUGGCUUUCUUUGGGAUGUACCUUAACAAGGUAAUCAAUUGGUCUUGACCAUUUUUACACUGGGAAAUUGGUUUUUUUGUGUAGCUCGGGAAUUAAGGGUAUAUAGAAGAAAGACAUAAAGCUAAAUCUAGGCCAGAAAAAUAAGACUUCCCCACCAUAGAUAGUGCCACUUAUUUGAUCCUUCUGUCUAUCACGACUGACCCAGUCUUUGCCUACUAGGUCAUUUUUGGUUAAUUUUUGUAUGUCUGUACAUGUGUGUGUGUGUGUGUGUACACACACAUAUAUAUACUACGUAGCAAGCAGACAUCAUGCCUUUCUGCUUUGUACUGUACUACUGCUGCUAGCAAAUAACCAGCAAAAUGUAGAAAAUGAAAAACAAACCAAUUUUCUGUAGACAACUUGGAAAAAAGAGUGCCUGCCCCUGACUUAGUUGGGCAGAGAAUGAGUAUUUGUAAAGUUUGCCUUUUCUGAAGGCCAACUGCUUCUAGCCCAGUGCUGCCUUGGCAAAGAGGGGCAAGCCAAGUCAUUGCACAUGUGGCACUUCCAGCUCUACCUGUGGAGCUGGCCCGGGCUCAGUUAAUCCCCUGUGACUGGCCAUUGGAGCAGCGGAGCUCCUGAGGCUGGUUCACAGCACCCAGAGGUCUCUCACUGUCAAUAGAUUGCAUACUGUUGACAGACUGCAAUGCAUUGGGGAGGACUGUGUUCCCCACACCAACUCUAUUUCCAAGAUGGGAGUUUUAUUCAGGGACUCAUUCCUUGAGUUCCCAACAUGUUGACUUCGCAUCCAUUUCUGCCCCUCAAGGCAGAAUCAUAGCAGUGUUGUGCGACAAAGAUGCAAAUGAAGGGCAGCCCAAACAAUGGAAAAGGGGAGGUUUUCAAUCCAUUCUUGGGGCCGAGGAAUGAAGUUUUGAUUUCUGAUAGAGGACCAUUCUAAAAAGUGGCAGCAUGGCCUUCAGUUUGUGCCCCUUCUGAGUACAAAGAGAAGGAAGGAAAAGGAGCCACAUAAAAGGUACGCAUUCAAUUCAUCUUAGAAUGACAGCUCGCACCUUAUUACACUGUACAACUAUUUAAUAAUCUGAGUUAUGCACAUCCAGAGGGGAAAUGAAGAAAUUUUCACUUACAAAUGUGUAUUUCCAAACAUGCUGAGUUAACCUCCAGAGAGAAGUGCCUGUAAUCUCUGUUCCUGGUGUCACUUUAAAGCUUUUGCUUCAUGACUCUGUAGCUGUUUAAAAUGUUUUUGCAGCCAACGUGAUUUAACAGAAGUUUACAAAGCAACACUGUAGCUAAUGUGUAAUUUUAAAAGUGGAUUAACAUUGAUUAUUGUUAAAGCAACACUAAUAAAUACAAGGAAAGCAAAUAUGUCAAUGUGGCAUCAUAGGCUUAUUUUAGAUAAACUAGUUACAUCAUAUACAUUUGUAAGUAAUGCCAGGAUUAAAAUAUCAAGCAAGCCACGUAAACAGUGGCAACCGUGUGUGUGUUUAUUUCCUAUUUGUUAAGCAGCCAUUUUACUCUUGCACUGUAACGAAGUGAAGGGAAAUAUAAGAUAAUGCUUUUUUCCCCCAUGUUGCUAUUCAACUACCUCUAUAUGCUUGAUUUUUUUUUAGGAUUCCCUUCCUCCAAAUCUGUACAAAAACAUUUCAGCUCAUCUAUGUUGUAAUAACAAUGUGAUACAGUCUGUGUGAAAGUUGUUUGUUCAUUAAAAAAUGUUUCCUAUUGCCUCA